ACACACACUCUCUCUCAAUCAAUCGUAUAUAUGUAUGUAUUUAUAUGUAUGUAUUUAUGUACAAUUCUAUACAUACACACGCAAACUUUAUGCCUUAAAACUGUAGAGAUAUAUAUAUGUGCAGAGUGAGAGAGAGAGUUAGAGAGAGAGAGAGAAGAGGAGUGAGUGAGGGAGAGGAAGCGAAUGAUGAAAAGUAGGGAAUAAAGGGUAAAAGGAAGGCCGCGGCGGGCGGGCAAAUGCUUGUGAUCUGCUUUGGAUUUGCGGAGGAUUUGAUUCCUGUGAAAAUUGGCUUCAUUGAGAUGGAAUGUUACACUGUUGAAGAUUGGAGAGGGUGUUAAUAGAUUGAUACAUUAUUACCUAUGGCGUCAGCGGGGCUAGGACAUGGAGGAGCUGGGAGUUCAAGAUCUGCUAAUGGCUUCAAGGUCUCAUCUAGUUCGGUGGACUGGCUGGGAAGGGAGAUACUGGAAAUGAGACUUAGGGACAGGACAGAUCCUGAUGAUGAUAGGGAUAGUGAACCUGAUAUUGUUGAUGGUGUGGGUGCUGAAACAGGUCAUGUCAUAAGGACUACCAUAGGAGGCCGAAAUGGUCAGACCAAACAGGUUGUUAGUUACAUAGCAGAACAUGUUGUUGGGACUGGUUCAUUUGGAGUUGUUUUCCAAGCAAAGUGCAGAGAGACUGGAGAAAUAGUUGCUAUCAAGAAAGUUCUUCAGGAUAAGCGCUACAAGAAUAGGGAGUUGCAGAUUAUGCAAAUGUUGGAUCAUCCCAAUAUCGUGGCUCUAAAGCAUUCAUUCUUUGCAAAAACUGAGAAGGAAGAGCUGUACCUUAAUCUGGUCUUGGAAUAUGUUCCUGAAACUGUUAAUCGCAUUGCACGUCAAUACAGCAGGAUGAACCAAAGAAUGCCAUUGAUAUAUGUCAAACUUUAUACGUAUCAGAUAUGCCGAGCACUUGCCUACAUACAUAAUUGUAUUGGAAUUUGUCACCGAGACAUCAAGCCUCAAAAUCUACUUGUGAAUCCACACACGCAUCAGCUGAAACUUUGUGAUUUUGGAAGUGCAAAAGUCUUGGUGAAAGGUGAACCCAAUGUGUCAUAUAUUUGUUCGAGAUAUUACCGUGCUCCGGAACUCAUAUUUGGUGCCACCGAAUAUACAACUGCAAUUGAUAUAUGGUCAACUGGAUGUGUAAUGGCCGAAUUACUUCUUGGACAGCCCUUGUUUCCUGGAGAGAGCGGUGUGGAUCAACUUGUUGAAAUAAUAAAGGUUCUGGGAACUCCUACCAGAGAGGAAAUCAAAUGCAUGAACCCAAACUACACUGAGUUCAAGUUUCCACAGAUCAAACCCCACCCUUGGCACAAGGUCUUCCAGAAGCGUCUACCCCCAGAAGCAGUGGACUUGGUGUGUCGGUUUUUCCAGUAUUCUCCAAAUCUAAGAUGCACUGCUUUGGAAGCUUGUAUUCACCCGUUCUUCGAUGAAUUGAGGGAUCCCAACACCCGACUUCCAAAUGGCCGUCCACUUCCUCCACUCUUUAAUUUUAAACCUCAAGAGCUUUCCGGGAUACCUCCAGAAACUGUCAACCGCCUCAUACCCGAGCAUGCUAGGAGGCAGAACCUCUUCAUGGCUUUCCACUCCUAAAAGCCACUAUGCAUAUCAUCACACAACAGGUCUGGUUUGUCUAUUAUCUGGGGUUAAAAAAAAAAGACAAAAAACAAAAACUGUUGUCGUAGCAUCCUUAAGAGUAUCAUGCCGUAUAUGCUUGUGCACCCAUCCACUCCGGGACUGUAUGUAGAGAAGAGUGUACGCAUUACAUGAUAAAACCAUAUGGUCUUGGGAACGGACUAGCUCUCUUUGCAAGUGCGUGUAUUUAUGAGUGAGUUCUUUUGAUUGAUACCAAGAGAGACUAGACGGGGAGAGUUGAUGUUUGUUGUUGAAGAUGAACCGAGAAAAAUGAUUUAAGAAAAAAAAAAGUCUUGGUAUAGUUCAGUUCAAUUUUGCCCGUAUAUGUCUUGUGUAUGUAAUGUAAGUAAGUUUUCGAUGCAUUGCCACAUAAUGACAUAACACAAGCUUCUUAUCCUUUUGGACAAUACAAUGCUUGAGAUGUAUGUA